AUUUUUCAGUUAGUAAUCUGUCAAAUAAAAAAUCGUGUUUUUAAAUUUUUUUUUUCCUUUGAGUUCAGUUUUGUGUGGGGGUGUACCGUGUAUGUUCGCCGGCGAUGCCUACGCCGGUAAGCGUGGCGAGGCAAUGUUUGACGCCGGAGGCGGGCCACGCGCUGGACGAGGCGGUGGCAGUGGCGCGCCGCCGCGGCCACGCCCAGACGACGUCGCUCCACGCGGUGUCGGCGCUCCUUUCCCUCCCGUCGUCGCCUCUACGCGACGCGUGCGCGCGUGCGAGGAACUCUGCCUACUCGCCCCGCCUCCAGUUCAAGGCCCUCGAGCUCUGCCUCGGCGUGUCUCUGGAUCGGGUCUCCUCGACCCAACUCGCCGACGACCCGCCCGUUUCGAACUCGCUCAUGGCAGCCAUUAAGCGCUCCCAGGCUAACCAGAGAAGACAGCCCGAGAACUACCAUCUCUACCACCAGAUUCCCCAGCAAUCCUCCAUUGCUUGCGUCAAAGUCGAGCUCCAGCACCUGACGCUAUCAAUCCUCGAUGACCCGGUCGUGAGCCGGGUUUUCGGCGAAGCGGGUUUCCGGAGCUCCGAAAUCAAGCUCGCUAUUCUACGCCCCUUCUCUCAGCUCCUCCGUUACUCUCGCUACAGAGGCCCGCCGGUUUUCCUCUGCAACCUAACUGAAUACCCUAACCGGAGCUCCGGAUUCGCCUUUCCCGGAUUCUUCUCUGACGGCGAUGGGAACUGCCGCCGAAUAGGGGAAAUCCUCGGGAGGAGCAAGGGGAGAAAUCCCCUGCUCGUCGGAGUAUGCGCGUACGAUGCGCUCCACAGCUUCGCGGAGGCGAUUCAGAAGCGAAACGACGGCGUUUUGCCCGUCGGAUUGUCCGGCAUAAACUUAAUAUCAAUCGAGAAAGAUGUUUCGAAGAUUCUGGCCGAAGAUUGCGACGAUAAUGGCUUUGGAGAGGUUAAUCAGGUAUUGGACCGAGCUGUUUCGGGACCUGGCUGGGUCGUGAACUUCGGAGACUUGAAGAGCUUCGUCGACGACGAUUCCAGAGACGACAGAGUGAUGAAUGCCGUCGGAAAAAUCACGAAACUGUUGGGGAUUCACGUCGGAAAAGUGUGGUUGAUCGGCGCGACGGCGAGCUACGAGAGUUACUUGAAGUUCGUGAGCAGAUUUCCGUCGAUUGAGAAGGACUGGGACUUGCAGCUUCUUCCAAUCACUUCUCUCAGAUCAUCUUCUUCCAUCGCCGAACCGUAUCCCAGGUCUAGCUUGAUGGAGUCAUUUGUUCCGUUUGGUGGGUUCUUUUCAGCACCAUCUGAUCUAAAGUUUCCUUUAAGCGGUACUUUUCAAUGCCCGCCUCGCUCUCUUCAGUGCAGUGAUAAUUGCGAACAAGAUCAAGUAUCCGAUGUUUCCAAAGGAGGAUUUACUUCUUCAGUUACAGAGCAGUGCCAAUCUAGCUUACCCUCUUGGCUGCAGAUGGCUGCACUUAGUGCCAACAAGGGGGGAUUGGAUGUAAAGACCAAAGAUGGAGAUUUAUUGAACGCAAAAGUUCCGGUAUUGCCGAAGAAAUGGGAUAACAUGUUGCAUAAUCUUCAUGAUAGACGGCCAUUGCCUAAAGUAAAUUCAUUUCCAACUAUUAUCGGGUUUAAGUCUGCUGAAGUCAAAGGUGAUGAUGCUAAUCAGAGCAGCAUCAAUGUGCAUGUAUCUUCGGAUGAAACUAACAAGUGCAUGGAUCUGAAUUCAUGUGUGCCUGAAGAGGAGGAAAAGAUGUCUGCUUCACUGACAAACAAUCCUCGUCCUGUGGUUUCCAAAGACAGGAAUGAGAGUUUUUCAUCUAGCUUGUGGGAAAAGCCUUCGAAAGAUGAAGAUCUCGAGUCAGGUGGCGCCAGGUCUUCUCCUUGCAGUAUGUCCAGUUCAAGCAUGGGUGAUGGAAAUCAAAUUAGAUCUCCUGCAUCUGCAACUUCAGUGACCACAGAUUUGGGUUUGGGGACAUGCUUUUCCAGUGGUUGUAAGAAGCUGAAGAAACCUCAAAAUCAAAAUCAUGCAGAGCUUCAGCGAGACAUCUCAGUUUCAUUCUCGGAAAAUGUGGAUUUAGUCAAUGGACAUGUCUUUUACCAUACGGCUCAAUCACCCUCGUUGUCUAGUCCUGACAAUAAUCACAGGCAGUUCGAUCCAAGAGAUGUCAAGAUGCUUUUUGGAGCGCUCUUGGAGAGAGUUGGUUGGCAAUGGGAAGCCAUAAGUGCUAUUAGUCAAACAAUAGUCUGCCAUCGAACAAGAGAAAAAUGCCAUGGGGCAAUUCAUAGAGGAGACAUAUGGUUGAAUUUCGUUGGACCUGAUAGGUCUGGCAAGAAGAAAAUUGCUUCUGCCCUCGCUGAGGUACUAUAUGGGAACCGGGAAAAUCUCAUCUGUGUGGAUCUAAACUCUCAAAAUGGAAUGAUCCAUUCAGAAACAAGUGGUUAUGAUGUGAAGUUUAGGGGUAAGACUGUUUGUGAUUAUAUUGCUGGGGAAAUGUGCAAGAAGCCCUUGGCCGUUGUCUUCCUUGAAAAUGUGGACAAGUCUGAUGUGGUGGUUAGAAAUAGUUUGUCCCAGGCUAUCUCAACUGGUAAAUUUUCAGAUUCUUAUGGGAGAGAAGUUAGCACAAAUAACAGAAUAUUUGUGACAACUUCAACAUCCACAAAGAACCAUAACAUUCCAAAUUCCAGGAUGGAAUCAUCCAACUACUCUGAAGAAAGAAUCUCGAAAACAAAAGGUCGGCCACUGAGGUUUAUGAUUGAGUUUGCUACAAGAGACAAUGGAGGCGUAAGCCAAAGCAGGAUAGUGUGUGAAGGCAUUUCAAACCCUGCGUUUGUGAAUAAAAGAAAGUUGAUUGGUGUCAGUGAACCUCUAGAACAAUAUAACAGCUUGGACAUGGCCAAACGAGCUCAGAAGAAAUCAUCCACAAAUUUGGAUCUCAACCUUCCGGCUGCAGAUAAUGAAGUGCAACAUACAAUUGAGGGAAGCCCCGAAGAUGACUCUUUCUCGGAUAACUCCGAGCCUUGGUUGCAAGAUUUCCUCGAUCAGGUGGAUGAAACAGUGGUUUUCAAAUCGGUCGACUUUGAUGCACUUGCUGGGAAAAUUUUUAAGGAGAUAAAAAAUGGCUUCCACAAAUCUGUUCACUCAAAGUGUUUGCUAGAGAUCGACUCCAAAGUCAUGGAACAGUUACUCGCAGCCGUGUAUUUUUCAGACGGGCACAAAGUGGUGGAGGAUUGGGUGGAGCAAGUUCUCAGCAAGGGAUUUUCUGAAAUCCAGAAAAGGCACAACCUCACUGCUCAUUCUGUGGUGAAACUAAUCACUUGUGAAGGCCUCAGCUUGGAGGAUCAACCACCAACAGUUUACCUUCCAUCUAGAAUUAUCCUCAAUUGACGCAGUAGAAAAGGCUUCAUUUUUUGUAAUUACAGUACAAUGUAGCCCUUAGCUUUAGCCUAUAGCCAACCCUCUUAGGCUCUGUUAAUCCCGUAAUUCGAUUCGGUUUUUAUCAGUUUAUGCUUUGUUGUAUGAAAUGUAAUUCUGGGCUCGUGUCAGUGUGAUUUAUCUUCUAUGUACUAAAUAAGCUGAAACUGUUAUCCUUUUGUUAGUCUUUUUGGUUUUACCUUUUUUUUUUUUGAUGUAUAAAUUCUAUGAAAUUUUGUGAAGGUUAUGGAA